UUGUUAUUUUGUUACCCUUCCGUGAACACACUGAAGAAGAUUAUAUCAACGUUGACAGUUCACUUCUGAACAUGGGUACAUACAGACGAAUAGAUUGUAUAUUUUUCAGUGAAUUUCAUCCAACGUUAGGACCAAAGAUCACAUAUCAGGUUCCGGAAGAAUAUAUUUCGAGGGAACUUUUUGAUACUGUGCAGGUCUACAUCAUCACCAAACCUGAACUGCAGAACAAGCUCAUAACAGUGACUGCCAUGGAGAAGAAACUGAUUGGCUGUCCAGUGUGCAUUGAACAUAAGAAGUACAGCCGGAAUGCCUUGCUCUUCAAUUUGGGUUUAGUCUGUGAUGCCAGGACAAAAACAUGUGCUUUAGAACCUAUUGUCAAAAAACUGUCUGGCUACCUCACAACUCUGGAGCUUGAGAGUGGAUUCAUUUCAAAUGAGGAGAGUAAACAGAAGCUGUUGCCUAUCCUGUCCACACUUCUUGAGGAACUUAAUGUUACAGGAGCCUGCACCCUACCUAUUGAUGACUCUAACACCAUCCACUUGAAGCUAAUUGAACAAAGGAAAGAUCCUCUGGUUGUUCAGGAGUAUGAUGUACCAGUAUUUACCAAGAAUAAGGAUCACUUUAUAAAGUCACAAUGGGAUCUCACUACACAACAGAUCCUACCCUUUGUAGAUGGGUAUCGACACAUUCAAAAGAUCUCUGCUGAGGCCGAUGUUGAGCUUAAUUUGGUGCGGAUUGCUGUUCAGAAUUUAUUGUAUUAUGAAGUGGUAACUCUGGUAUCCAUAUUUCAGUACUCAAAUGUUUACUGCACAACACCCAAAGUACAAAACUUGAUAGAUAAGAAGUGCCUUCAGGAAGAGUGUCUACAAUACGUCAGUAAGCUAGGCCAGAGGACAAGUCUCAGGGAUGUGUUCCAGUUGUAUUGUGGUUUGACCCCAGGUACAACUGUGCGUGACCUCUGUUCUCGCUAUUCUCACCAGCUACAGAGGGUGGAUGAAAGGAAGUUGAUUCAGUUUGGCUUGAUGAAAGGUCUGAUUCGGCGGCUGCAGAAGUAUCCAGUCAAGGUUAUUAAAGAUGAUAGGAGUCGUCCACCUAGACUUUAUACUGGCUGCCAUAGUUAUGAUGAAAUCUGUUGCAAAACUGGAAUGAGUUACAGGGAGUUGGAUGAGCGCUUGGAGAAUGAUCCGAACAUCGUUGUUUGCUGGAAAUAAUGUUGCUGUGACAGAAUUAUGAUUACAGAGAGUAUUAUAGUACAAGUAACUUUGUAAUGAGAAAGAAACAGAUGGUGCUUUUGCGGAUAUUCUGUUCUAUACCUUUAUUUAUUGUAAAUCAACUGCCCUUCACGUAUUUGAUGCUAGGUUGAAAUCUGAACACACAAGCUUGCUAAAUAAAUCAGAUUUUGAGUUUAAAAA